AAAAAACCCCAAAGAAGAAUGAAGUUGAGAUUAAAGAGAAGAGGCAGAGAGAUAGUCAGAUAGAUCUUCCCACCUAUCUUCACUCAUUCUGACACCGACACAUAUCGGUCCCCUUCCCAUCUCCCUCUUAAACCCUAUCUCUUUCUCAACUAUGCCUUAAUCUCAACAUUAAUCUCUGUCUUCAUCUCCUUCCUUUAUUGGGAAACUCCGACUUCUCCUGUAAAUUGUACUACCCCCUGAUUUGCAUUUUCUCGAGAAACAAAUAAUAAUAAUAAUAAUUCAAUAUAACUUUCUCCGUCUUGUCGGUCACGUUUUGUUCCUCGUAGCUAAAAAAUCAGCUUUCUUGAACUCCGUAAAGGUGAAAGCUUGAGAUUAUGCAGAAGAAACGAGAGAUCUGUGAGUACAGAGAUAAGUUGGACAAGACCUUGUCUUCUCCUGAACUCACCAAUCUCGACUCUCUCAAAUCUCUUCUCAGAAACCAGCUUAAAGAGUGUAAUGAGAAUAUAUUGGAUAAAAGAACAGAUGAAGUAUCCAAGGUACUUAGCAAGCUUAGGAGUGUAUCCAUGACGGAUCAUCUUGAUGUUACUAAAUCAACCAACGAUGGUGAUUGGAAAUUAAAACAUGAUCUUGAAGAUUGCCGUGUUAUGUACCGUGAAGGGCUUGAUGGAAGUCCUUUUCACACUAUGCUUGUUGAAGGUUACAUGGAUGGGCCUAUCCACGAAUGUUUAUGUGUAUCUUGGGAAACAACUCUCUACAAGAAAUGGUGGCCACAGUUUUCAUUUCCACCAUUCAGGAUCUUAAAAAGCACAUGCUUGCAAAAGGUCGGAGUUGGUGAACAGAUUUGUUUAGCGAGGAUGAAGGUACCAUGGCCAUUGACGGACAGAGAGAUUAUUGUGCAUUAUUUCUUUUUUGAAUACUUUAAAGAUGGCUUAGUCGUCAUCCUUUUGAACUCGAUCUCUGAUUUAGAUGGCAUUGGAGUGUCCUCUAAGGACUUCGUUAUACCUGAAUCACCGGAUGCAGUGAGGAUCGAUCUCGUAGGCGGAUUUGUUUUACAAAAGGUUACUCCACAGAGGAGUUACUUCAGAACGAUAGGGGAGAUGGAUAUAAAGCUGGACUUGAUGCCUCCAUCUCUUAUUAAUUUUAUAACUAGGCAGCUCAUUGGCAACGGUUUCAGACUCUAUAAAAAGUCAGUUGCUUCCGUAGCUAAAUUUGAUGAAGAUUAUAGCAGAGCUUUAGAUGAUCCUUUGUACACUAAGAUACGCCAAGCUCUGUAUUCAACUGAUAAAACAAUCGAGGAAGGACCAAAGUUGGAAGCAACUGAAGUGAAUGGCAAUUCUCUGCCAAAGAAGGAACACAAGAAUCAUGGAGAUGCUAGUGAAAACAAACCUGUCCAUUACAGAAAAACUGUUACAGAGAUUGAGGAAGAAGAAGAUUAUGAGGAAAGCGUUUCUUCGGAGGAUGGAACCAAGACUGAUGUUGAUAUGAGAAGACGGUUUUGCGUCAGUCCAGAGGUGGAACAAGCGUUAGGGACACUAGAUAGAGUUAUAUACAUGGUUAGAAAUAUAACGCCUGUCCAAGAAGCCGAAGAAUUGUCGCCUGAUAGAUCAGAGGACCAGGCAAAGCGAGUAAGUUUAUUAGAAACCAUUACAAGUGUUCCUCAAAAAUCACAGAGGCAAGAUCACUCAACGGUCACACAAGAAGAGACAAGUAAUGGUCAAGAAGAGAAUAGAGAGAAGGAUACAGGACAAGAGCUGGGGAUCGUAAAUAAAGGUAAGAGCUCGAGCUUGCAGAGAAAACGUAAAGCUCGCUGCUUUGCUUUCAGAUCCUGGCUCUGAAGUGAACCCCAAAGUUUUCAUUUUCUUGCAAGAGUUUCACGAGAGAAAAAACUGGAUCGCUGUUUACAUUUUUACUUGUAAUUGUAAAACUCUCUUCUCAUUUGUAUGAUUCAUGAAGUGUGUGCAUUCUUUUU